AAGUGUUCUCGGACACGGCCGCGCUCUCUUUGCGACCGACAUCCGAGACAACUUCCUGUAUGGAAGUAUGAACUGAAUUCAUGUCAAACUCGAAUACAUCACAGACGGGCCUCGAUUUCUCUAAAACCCCGAUUGCAUGAAAGUCCACCUAAUCGCGCUACCUGACUAUCGUACUCCUCUACCUUGCGACAUCAGUUCAACGUGCCAGCAAUGAAGUUCACCUCUGUAUCCAUCCGUCUUGCCUGCACUCUGUUGCAGAUCGCCGCUGCAGCACCGGUCAUCCAGACUGAACAGCGGCUUGUAGGCACGAAUGAUAUUGUUGGAAUUUUCGCUCACCUUCCAUCAUACUGGUACCUAGAACUUAGGCUAGAAGGCGCGCCAGGAGAAGACGGUCCUGUCGUAGAAGUUGCGUGCGACUUACAGCCCAUGGGCAUCGGUGACUGUCUGAAUGGAUGUAAACUGGGUUCACGGGCGAUAGAGUGGACGCAGGAUACCUAUACUCCUGGACUACGGGUAUGACCCAAGUGGCUAUGAGCCUAGCUGUGGGAGUGCGAAGGCGGCCUUCAGAAUGUAGGCGAAUGGAUUAGCUAGUAUUGGUGUAUG